CACAACAUCACUGUCAAUGCAUUAACGCUCCCUGUCUUUCAACGCAUGGCUGGGAAUGGCGAGAUUGUUCGGGCCGAACCACACUAUAAUAACCGUAUUGGCGUUCUUAUCCCGUAUCGGCCCGUGAUUGUUGAGCGCUCUGUUUGUAAGCUUCUGACCGGCUCAGGAUAUUAAAACACUAUGUACAGCAGGGUCGCCGACGUGAAUUAAGCCAGUGAUCCGGGAUAUACGACGCAUAUAGCUUGUUAACAAUGACGAGCACCUGUAUAUUUUGUUGCCAUGGAGGUGAUCACGUGACGUUGUACACUGUCAUGGCCGAAGAUAGACCUCUUCGAGCGAACAUUUGACAAGAGACGAAAGAUGGAUUUAAGAGUGUUUUUAGGAAUUGUUUGUGUUCUCUCUGUGAAGUUUACAUCUUCCGAGGCGAAAUGGGUUGAAGGGAAUUUACAGUCAAAUAGCGACUGGGAGUUCCUCGGCAGGUUCUGCUUCGUGUCAUCAAAAGGCUCAUUUGUAUAUAGCUUUAUGUACCCAGUGGACUACGGGACACAGGAAGUGUUGCUUUAUUAUGACGCGCCUUCCCAGUGGGAUGCUGUCUACAAGAAAAAUAAGAACUGCACCGCGAAAGUGUCAGUAUUGAAUCCGCAGAAUCACCAGAUUAUCGCCCUAAACACCAGUAACACCCUGACGUCUCGGUACUCCGGCUGCCACUUCACCCAGCGAGAUGGCCAGAACUGGUACAACUGCACCGGGAGUCGAACCUUCAGGUCAAUGCGAGAACGAUCGUGGUACAUCGCCGUGGCACGAUGUGGAAAGUCCAACGGAAACGUGGCGGGUCUGAAGCUGGAGUACGCCAUGCACAUGACGAAUGGAGAACCCGACGACAAGAUCACGUUUUCUGCUGAUGAAUUCUGUCAAACAAAUACAGGCGAUGCUGGAGUGGAUGGUGGCAUGAUCGCUGGUAUCGUGGUAGCUAUCCUGGUUGUCAUCGUUGUCAUCGUCGUUGUCAUCGUCGUCAUGCGCAAGAAGAAAAGUGGUGGUGAACAUUAUGAAACAAAGGAAGAGGAUGGACGAGAUGAAAGGCCGGAAAUGACUCCCAAUGUUGUGUACAUCACUCCGGCCAGCUAUUAG